UAUAAAUAGCAGCCACCUCUCCCUGGCAGACAGGGACCCGCAGCUCGGCUUCAGCACAGAUCAGCACCAUGAAGCUUCUCACAGGCCUGGUUUUCUGCUCCUUGGUCCUGGGUGUCAGCAGCCAAAGCUUUUUUUCGUUCCUUGGCGAGGCUUUUGAUGGGGCUCGGGACAUGUGGAGAGCGUACUCUGACAUGAAAGAAGCCAAUUACAUUGGCGCAGACAAAUACUUCCAUGCUCGGGGGAACUAUGAUGCUGCCAAAAGGGGACCUGGGGGUGCCUGGGCCGCAGAAGUGAUCAGUUUAUUUUCAGCUGAACUCCAGAGAGUGAAGGAAGAAGCUUUUUUUCUUCAUUCCUACAUGACCCAGGCAUUGAUCCAGCCAAUGAAGAUUCAGUGUAAUCAACCACCACCAACAAGACCAUGGCCAUUGGAUCCUGUGCUAAGAGGCAUGGAUGAGCUCCCUCAGCACGUGGAUGGAGACCAAAGAGAGGUCCGAAGGCUCAGUGUAGGUGUCUCCAUUCUCUAAGAAGUUUGGAGGAGAAGCUGGAUACAGCAAAACAGACUGAGAAGGAGCAGCUGUUGGGAAAGGAGGUAAACUAGGAAAGCAUGGUAUUCCAGAAUCCCUGACGGAGCUAUUGAUUAGUAGUAUCAGAUUCUUCCCGGCAGUUGAGGAGUUCACCUUCGGCUUAAGCAACAUGGAGUCAUUGACUAUCUCAUGAAGGUGAUUGCAGGGGAAGGUCUGAAGAACUAAAUGGAGCAGUGAUAAGAGAAUGGGAGAUGGUAUGAUAGGACUCCUGGACACCCCAGACAUCAAUCAAAACACCACAGACAAGAAGGUGUGGAUACAAAAACUAGCAGUUAGAACAAAUAAUAGAAAAUGAACUCUAUCUACUUCUGAAAAAAAAAGUAAUGGGGGCAAGUAAUACAUUGAAUAAAGCCUCAAUAAGUACAACAGUGUAGUACUGACUUAUAUAUAGAAAAAAUCUGAUCAGUGGAGCCAAAUCCUCAGAAUUAGACAUAAGUGCAUAUGAGAAUUUUGUAUAUGAUAAAGGUUGUAUGUUAACGUAGUAAGUAAAAGACAGACUAUUCAACAAAUGGGAUUGGUACAACUGGGUGACCAUCUAACAUAAUGUUGAAAACAUACUGUAUAUGUUAUGGUAGGACAAAUUCCAAAUAUGCUAAAUAUUUAUAAACAAAUAAGGAAAAUGAUAAUAAUAAUAAUAAUAUUAACAUUAUCUGGUGAAUCCAUGGAAAAUUCUUUUAUAACCCAAAGUAGGGAAAGCUGCAACAACAUGGACAGAACUGGAGGUCAUUAUGCUAAGUGAAGUCAUUCAGGAACAGAAAGACAAACAUCACAUGUUCUCACUUAUUUGUGGGAUCUAAAAAUCAAAACAAUUUAAUUCAUGGAGAUAGAGAAUAGAAGGAUGGUUACCAGAGGCUGGGAAGGGUAGUGGGGAAGGGGGAGUGAGGGGAGGUGAGGAUGGUUAAUGGGUACAAAAAAAAUACUUAGAAUGAAUAAGAUCUAGUAUUUGAUAGCACAACAGGGGACUAUAGUCAGUAAUAAUUCAGUUGUACAUUGUAAAAUAACCAAAAGAGUAUAAUUGGAUUGUUUGUAACACAAAGGAUAAAUGCUUGAGGGGAUGGAUACCCAAUUUUUCAUGAUGUGAUUAUUACACAUUGCAUGGCUGUACCAAAAUAUUUCAUGUACCCCUUAAAUAUAUACACCUAUUAUGUACCCACAAAAAUUUUUUAAAAAGGAAUGAAAUAAAAACAUUUGAGUUUAAGAAAACCUCAAAAAAUAAAGUAGGGAAAGCUCUUCAAACUAUACUAUGAAACUGAGAAGACAACUAAAGAAAAGAUUAAUAAAGACAAGAACAUAAAUAAUUUCUUUUGGCAGAACAUGAACCAUCAUAACCAAAAGAUAAAUAAGUUGGAAAAAAUAUUUGUAACUCAUAUCCUAGAUAACAUACUCAUUUUCCCUGUAUAUAAAAAGUUUCUGUAAUGUGAUAAAUAAAAGCACAAUAGACCAGUAAAAAA